AGAGAGGAAGUUCCUCUCUCGGAUCAACAGAAGGGGAUGCCUGAGAGCGACAUAAUCUCUAACAUCCACACUUAACUGUACCAUUCGGAGUAUAUAUAGAAGUUUUGAUUUCCUUGAGGAGUUCAGAAAUAAAUUAUUCUUCGGAGGAGUAGCUAUCCUUAGCGACAAACCAAACGCCAGAUGAACGGAGCAGCAUUCCCUUCCCCCACGGCAGAGAUGGCGGAGAUGAACCGUAUCCAGUAUGAGCUGGAGUACACCGAAGGGAUCAGCCAGAGGAUGCGCAUCCCUGAGAUGCUCAAAGUGGCUCCUCAAGCCCGCGACAACCACAGUGUUGGAUCUCAGGAUGUCCCCCAGGGUGUCAUGAUGCAAGUCCCGGAAAGAAUUGUGAUUGCAGGAGACAGUAAUGACCCCCAGUUCCCCAGACCCAGAGACCUUGACCUAAUCCAGUCAACACCACUAGAAACCCUGUCACUGAAGACUCCACCCAGGGUCCUCACCCUCAAUGAGCGGCCUCUGGACUUUCUGGAAGAGGAGCAGCGGGCGGCUCCAGAGAGUGAAGAGGUGUUGCGGCCCCAAGGACGAUUACGACGGGAACGCUCAGCCAGUGAGAACGCAGCCGCUCGUCAUCACAGUCAACUGAUGCACAACGAUUCCGCUGCGACCCCGUCCCCCCCAGCCACUGUCCACCCUUGCCCCCCUCUCACCGUGACUGAGGAAGAACACAACCUGUACAGCGCUAGCGGUGUUCUAUCUUUCAUCCAGUCCACUACACGUCGAGCUUACCAGCAAGUCCUGGAGGUCUUGGAUGAGAACCCUCGCAGCAAACCAUCACUGCGAGGGGGGUCGGCUUCAAGCUCCAACCCCCUGCAUGAAUCCAGGCUUGCAUUGUCAACAUACGAAGCCACACUGGACGGGGGGCCUGAUGACAUGACCGUGGUGGAUGCAACAACACUUCGCCGUCAGCUUAUCAAGUUGAACCGGAGACUCCAACAUUUGGAGGAGGAGAACAAGGAGCGAGCAAGGCGAGAGAUGAUCCUGUACUCGGUCACUGUAGCGUUCUGGCUCGUCAACACCUGGGUGUGGUUGCGACGUUAGAGCCUGCCUGUGUUUCUGCCAUGACCAUGACAGAAGAACUCACUAUCCCUUAUUCUAUGUGUCAAAUGUUAGCUUCUCGCUGCACUCAGUCCCUGUGUGAGGAAGACCUUGGCACAUGUGUACAAGGCCUGUUGCCUACAGGGCUGAUCAUAUUGAUUUUGUUUAUUUAAGACAUGUACAGUUUUAUUUUUUUACUCUUAUUUCAUCCUGUCUCAUGUUAUCAUAUGUUUUGUUUUUAUUACAAAUCUUCUUGCUCGAUGCUAAGCAUGACUUGUUGUAAAUAUUAGUCCAUGUCACUCAGAACUUUGGGAAGAACUCAUUCAGAGACACAGUAUAGCAUAGUUUACCAAAAUAGGUAAAUGGAGCUGCAGUGUAGAGAUGUAACAUGUUGAAUAUUUAUUGCUGAGAGAGUAAUGUGUGACUUGAACUGGGAGAUGUAAUACAAUUUAAUAAAACCAU